UAAAAGGAACCCCUUUUGACACCUGAAUAGACUAUUCUGCACAGCAGUCAGAAGCUGCACUACCAGGGUAUCAUCAUGUGGAUGAAAAGCUUGCUCUUAGGCUGCCUGACCAUUGGACUGCUGCUCGAGCUCUCCAAUGCUGGUCUGGUAAAAAAGAUAAUCCGCCACCGUAGAGAGGCUCUAAUCCCCAAGAAAACCCAGGAGAACCUCACCCUACCCCACCCGGACCAGCUAGUAUUUAACCAUGUCUACAACAUCAACGUGCCCACAACUUCCCUCUGCACCGUGGACCUCGACUCCCCAGGAGGCUCUGAAGUCGAACACAAGAGCGCUCCUAUGGAUAUGCAGAACACCGAGCACAUUGAGCACACAGAGGAUGGAGAUAAUCAGAUUGUUUUUACACACCGCAUCAGUAUACCCAAGCAAGCAUGUGGGUGUGAAAACCAGCUGCCAGACAUCAAGGAUAUCCUGAACAGGCUGGAGAUGCUGGAGUCGGAGCUGUCUAGUCUGAGAGAGCAGUGCAGCAGUGGGUCCAGCUGCUGUGGGGCUCCAGUUACAGGUGAAGUGUCCACAAAGCCGUUCUGUAAUGGCCGCGGGAACUGGAGCACAGACACCUGCAGCUGCGUAUGUGAACCUGGGUGGAAGGGGCCCAACUGCACAGAACCUGAGUGCCCCGGUGACUGCCAGGACCAGGGCCGCUGUGUGGAUGGCAAAUGCGAGUGCUUCGAGGGCUUUGGUGACGACUGUAGUGUCGAGCUCUGCCUGCUGGACUGCGGUGACUAUGGCCACUGUGUUGACGGGUCCUGCGCCUGUGAGGAUGGCUUCAUUGGGGAAGACUGCGGCCAGACCAACUGCCUCAACAACUGCCUGGGCCGCGGACGGUGUGUGGACGAUGAGUGUGUUUGUGACGAGCCUUGGACAGGUUUUGACUGCUCAGAACUCAUCUGUCCCAACGACUGCUAUGACCGCGGACGCUGCGUCAAUGGAACCUGUUUCUGUGACGAGGGCUUCACUGGUGAAGACUGUGGAGAGAUUACCUGUCCUGGUAACUGUAACAACCGUGGCAUGUGUGUGAAUGGCCAGUGUGCGUGUCAAACCGGCUACACUGGAGAGGACUGCUCAAAGCUCACCUGUCCAAAGAACUGCAAUGAGAGGGGCCAUUGCUUCAAUGGAAAGUGUAUCUGUGAUCCAGGAUUUGAGGGUGAAGAUUGCUCUAUACUCUCCUGCCCUGACAACUGCAACAACAGGGGCCAGUGCAUAAAUGGAGAAUGUGUAUGCGAUGCAGGAUACCAAGGUGAAGACUGCAGUGAGCUCUCCUGCCCUAACAACUGCCAAGAUCGCGGCCGCUGUGUUGACGGACUGUGCAUAUGUGACAAAGGCUAUGCUGGGGAGGACUGUAGCAUCAAGACCUGUCCCAAAGAUUGCAUGGGACGCGGAGAGUGCGUUGAUGGCAAGUGUGUAUGCUUCGUUGGCUUCACUGGGAAGGACUGUGGUGAGUUGACCUGCCCCAAUGACUGCCUGGACCGCGGCCAUUGUGUGAAUGGACAGUGUGUAUGUCAUAAAGGUUUCACUGGUGAGGACUGCAGUGAGAAGACAUGUCCCAAGAACUGUCUUGAUAGAGGUUACUGUGUCGAUGGCAAAUGUGUAUGCUAUGAAGGUUUCACUGGGCCGGAUUGCUCCAUACUGACCUGCCCCGACGACUGCCAGGACCAGGGACGUUGUGAAAAUGGGGUGUGUGUUUGCGAUGAGGGCUUCAUUGGAGAGGACUGCUCUGGAGUCUCACCACCAAAGGAUCUAACAGUUGUGGAGGUAACCCCAGAGACCGUUGACUUGACCUGGGAGAAUGAGAUGCGUGUGACCGAGUAUCUGAUCACCUACAUGCCCACUGCCCCUGGAGGUCUGGAGCUGGACAUGCAGGUGCCUGGAGACCAGAAGAUAGCCACUAUUCGGGAGCUUGAGCCUGGUGUGGAGUACAUGAUCAGUGUCUAUGCUGUGCUUAACAACAAGAGGAGUGUUCCUGUCAGUGCUAGGGUGGCUACACAUCUGCCUGAGCCUGAGGGACUCAAGUUUAAGUCGGUGCGGGAUACAUCAGUAGAGGUGCAGUGGGACCCAUUGGACAUUUCCUUUGAUGGCUGGAACCUCAUCUUCAGAAACACGAAAGAGGAGGAUGGUGAGAUUCUUAACUCCCUGGGCCGUCCAGAGACCACCUUUGAGCAGUCAGGCCUGGGUCCUGGCCAGGAGUACGAGGUCAAACUGCAGGUGGUGAAGAACAACAAGCUUGGAAAGCCUGCCUCCAAGAACGUCAUCACAAGUAAGUCUACGCAUCCACAUU